UAUGCAAAUGAGCUCGUGACGUCGUUUCGAGAUUUGUACCAACGGUUUGUCCGUUAAACAGUUGUAGCUAAGAAGAAGAAGAAGAAGAAGAGUGAAGGAGCGCGCUCUUGGAUAAUUUUCACGGACUCUUCUUGUAAAAUAUAUAUAACUUUAGGAGGUUUAGGGUCUCCCUUUUUUUGCCAUGACACCUUUAUUUAUGGUCGCUCUCGGGAGCCUGUUUGCGGGGGUCAGGAGUCGGGCGCUACUCGGGGAAGCGGGACAGUGCGGGCAGCUCACCGCGCCGUGGACCGACACCGAGGUCACCUCACUGUCCGGAGACUGGGGCCUCAUGUACCGCCUGAAAGUGUUACCCAUGUCUAAGGAUGGACCGCAUCGCCUGGUUUUCCCGGAGCAGCCGCUGUUCCGCUUCAUUAGGCGGGUGUACAGGUGCUGUCAGAUGGGCCACCACUGCCGAGGAGUUAAAGGCCUCCAGGGCCGGGAGACUGCAGGCUCCACGGUCGAGUUUGUGCUGAGCGAGGACGUGUGGUCAGCGCCGAUACUGAGAGCCGAGGUUCAUCUUCACAUCUCCAGCCCACAGCCGCUGAACGUCCAGCCGCUGCUGCCCUGGCUCGAGAAACGCCACCUUCCUACGAGAUACAGUGUGUGGUGGAAGGACGGCGUGCUGGAGGUCAGGGUGGAUCUGCUCUUCCUCUUCCAGGCUCUUCAGGCUCUCCGAGCGAAGCGUGGAGGCUCCAGCGUGAUGGAGAUCCGGCGUGUCGGAGGUCUGCACGCACUCCGCGCUUCGGAAGCGAGACCCACUGAGGCGCAGGGUGGAGACGGGAGGGCGGAGCGCCCCCUGCAGGUUCCUGUAGAGCUGGGCUUGGCCUUACAGUGCAGCACGCUGGAGCUGAACACACCACUGCCGUGCGAGAGCCACGGCGUACGGCUGCUUCACACACCCUUCAUCACGCUCUCGUAUGGAUAACACACACACACACACACACACACACACACACUGCUCUUGAUGUGUUUGUCAAAAGUGCGGUCUACCAGGACACUGUAAAUAUCUCCAAAUACGCACUUCAGCAAGCCGUUUGAAUAUAUUUAAUUUAUAUGGGUGUUGUUCUGUGGGAAACUUAUCAAUGUAUAUAGUGUAAAUAAACACAUAGUUAUAUAUAAAACCUUUUAUUUAUUUAUUUAUUUAUUUUUUUUGGACUUGAAUGCUGUUUGAUUUAUUGCUCACCAGUGGAUCAGUUACUGUUGUGUUUAAUAAAAAUUAAAUUUUCUCACACCACACACACACACACACACACACACACACACACACACACACACACACAAAAGUUUAUAUUCAAAUUUAGCUUGACUAUCAAACCUGGAAUUAAAAAUGAGGAAGCAGGAAGAACACUCAAAAAAAUUAAAUCCUGUCCAUAAUGGCAAAAUUACAAACAAUAU